AUGUAUUCUUUUAAUUCACUUCAAAAAGUAUAUAAAUCAACAUGCACGUUUCCAUUAAUACAUUCGCAUUCAUUAGUCCUUCCAUACAUUUAUUUGAAUCAAAUAACAUACAUAAAAGCAUUAAAUCUUCAAAAUUAUUUAGUAAAAAAUAGAAUAGAAAAUAAAUUAGGCAACGUAUUAUUGUUGGUCCAGCAUCCUCCUACUUAUACAACUGGUAGAAGAGAAAAAGAGAAGAGUGAAAAUGAAAGAAUCCGUUUAAAAAAAUUUGGUGCGGAAUAUUAUGAAACGCUAAGAGGUGGUCAAGUUACAUUUCACGGACCUGGACAAUUGGUUGGAUAUCCAAUUUUGAAUAUACGAAAUUUUAAGCUUUCGGUAAGAUGUUAUGUUGAAGCUAUAGAACAAGUGAUUAUAGACACAUGUUCAACAUAUGGAAUUAAGGCUAAAACCACCAAGAAUACAGGAGUUUGGAUUAAUGAUGAUGAAAAAUUAUGUGCAAUAGGAAUUCAAGUACAAAGAUAUAUAACAUCACAUGGUUUUGCGUUAAAUUGUAAUACAGAUUUAAAUUGGUUUGAACAUAUAAUGCCAUGUGGAUUACAAGACAAGAAAAUGACUUCUAUUUCAAAAGAAUUAAAUAAUUUAAAAAAUAAGAAUGAUUUGAUGGAGGAAAUCAGUGUAGAAGAAGUUUUACCAAAUUUAUGUAAAAGUUUUGGUAAGGUGUUUAAUUGUAAUGUUGUUUCAUUAUAUGAAUUAAAUGAUGAAAAAAAUCUACAAUUGAAAAAUGCUAUAUUAAAUUUCUAAAAAAAAAAAAUUAGAAAAUAGAUACUGUAUCUUUUAUAAAAAUAAUAGAAUUAAAAUAAAUAAACCUUCAUAAGCAUGAUCUUGAAAAGAAAAUUUUUGAUUAACAAAAAUGAUAUCAUCUCCGUCUUAGCAGCAACCUCGAUU